CAACCAAUCAGGAACAUUUUAAAAGAGAUCACGCAGUAAACUUACCGUGACACAGGGGCUUAGGUUUUCCAAGAAAUCGUUCUACGAGAACUAGAUACUCUUACUUUUUUCUUGUCGUAUUGAAUACAGACAUUACAAAGCAGGAAGAAAAUGGGAAAUUGGUUAUGGAACUCACCUCCCCAGCCACAACAACCUCAACAAGUUCUAACUGACACACCAUGGAGAAAAACAAAAGAAUGGAGUCCAGAGGUAAAACGUGAGCUUAGAGAUCACAUUUCUAGCUUGGCUCCGCAAACAAGAGGCCAAUUAGAUGUACCAUUUUUCAACAUUGCUCUGACGGGUCAGAUUGGUGGGGGAAAGUCAAGUUUCUUCAACAGCGUGAACAGCAUCUACCAUGAACGAAUUAUUAGUGGCAAAUCAGAAGUUGGGAUUACAGCUACAAGUUUAACCAAAGACUUUCGAGUGUACGAAAUAAACCCACAUCCCGACCAGCCUGACUCCAAUCCUCUGCCUUGGAGGAUCUGUGACACACCAGGCUUGAAUUACAGCCUUGAUACUGAUUGCGAUGUGACAAACAUUCUAAAAACAGUUGAUGGACAUGUACCCGAUCGUUUCAAGUUUCCCAGCCAGGAGGUUCUUCAAGACGACCUUGGAUUAAAAAAACCUGAACUUAAAGACAGAGCACACUGUGUUGCUGUUGUGAUUGAUGGAAGUACGUUUGAUCAAAUGGAAGAAAACAUGAAAAGAAAACUCAAAAACCUAAGGAAAGGCCUUAUUACAAGAAAUAUUCCCACGUACAUUCUGAUCACUCACAUUGACGAGGCUUGUGUCGAAGUCAGCAAAGACGUGAGCAAAGUCUAUCGAAGUAUUGCCAUCAGAGAUUUGGUCCAUAAAAUAGGCAGAUUGCUACACGGUCUUCCUGAGAACCAGAUCUUUCCAAUCAUGAACUACAAAAAACAAGUGGAUUUGGAAGACGACAUAGACAUCUUACUGCUGUACGCUUUGCGUCAGAUGUUGUACUCUGCACAAGGCCAUCUGGAAAACAAGAUGUAAUACAAAAUCUGACCCAAAAAAGCUAGUAAUAGCGUAUUGUAACCUUUGCACUAGCAGAACAUUUCGUCGUAAGCUAAAUCAAAACUAUUCAUCUUGGUUAGCACAUAGAUAUAGAAAUGAAGGAUCCUUAGAUGGCUUGCGACAUGCAUGUUUCUAAGUCAUAUUUUAAGGUUUACAUUCUAUAUAAUGCAAAUUUGGCACUUGACACUUGACACUUUGAUUACACUGUAACAUAAAAAGGAUAUUUAAUGAGUGCAAUUUUAAACUAUUUCAAUAUAUGUAUUAAAAAAAGUUAAAAUUUGAAAAUGUUAUCUGUUGGCGACGGUAUGUGACGUAAUACCAUCAUACAAAUGCUUUAUUUCGCCAAAUUUAACAAUUGGCGACUGCGCGUUACAGAAAUAUGUUAUAUCCUAAGUUACCUGGUAAAAAUUAAAAUUUUGCAAUAAUCGAAAA